GAAGUGAUAUAAUUUAAGCGUAGGUGGGAGGUGAACAUGCUGAAAUGAUUCAGUCAAAUCAAAAAAAGAUUCAGGAAAGCUUGACCACACUCAUCCUCCGAGGCCACCUGCUACACUGUAACCGAGGACGAUCAGUUGACUGCGGCUUCUCGUCUGCUGGGACCUGGAGGCUCACCUGGAGACUUCAUCCACCCUUCCUCCAUCAGCAGAGGAACACUACAACUGUCUGAGCUGUCCUUUGCUCCUGCAGAGAUACUGACCUGAAGCACACCUGAGUUCACGCAUAAUAAGAGUAAACCCUGAUGAUGAAGACUAAAGCAAACUGGUGUGUGUGAGCAGGAUGAAAGGUGUGUCAGAGUGUGUGUGAGCCAUGGCGUCCACGUUGCCCCAGCUGCAGGUCGGCUGGCUGCGUGGCCUACGUACCAAGCUGCUGCGACGCUACGAGCAUCAGCCUCUGGUGUCGUGUCUGGUCGGGCUGUACGGCUGCAGGUGGAGACGCUACGAGAGGAGCUUCACUCAGCCUGGAGAAUGCUGCUGCAACAAGUUGGAGAGUGUCAGCUUUGCUCUGCUCGUGGCGGCUUUCUGCUUAACGCUGCUGUUUCUCUACUUCUGGGGACAAGCGAAGAACGACUACAAUGACUUUGACUGGUUUAACUUUGGGAUCCUGGGCUUCUGGUUUCCUUGGUCUGUGGUGCUUCUGGUCAUCGCUGCAGGCUUCUUCACCUACGUCACUGUGCUCGUGCUGCUGGCUGUGUGUUUGUUGUCCGAAGGGCAGAAGCUUCAUUUACACUGGAGUCACAAGAUCGGGAUCGUGGUGAGCCUGACUUUCUCCAUUGUAGCGACGGCUGUCCUGUCAGACCUCUGGAGUAAGGAGUGGAAGACUUUACUGCUUUCCUUUCAGAUAACCGCACCUUAUUUACAUGUGGGCGGCGUCUUACUGAUGACAGCGCUGGCCUGGCCCAUUGCUUUGCAUUUCUUUCGAAUGAACAGCAGAGUGAGGCGGGGUCUGGUCUUGGCUUUGUAUCUCAGCAUCUUGUCUGCUCUCUACUUGGUGCCGCUGGGUCUGUAUUCUCCUUGUAUCAAAGAGGACGGUACCCUGGGUGUCAAACCGGCCCUCAUCGGCCACAGAGGAGCGCCGAUGCUUGCUCCAGAAAACACGCUGAUGUCUUUUGAGAAGGCGGUGGAUGCAGGAAGUGGAGGUCUGGAGACUGACGUCACAAUCAGCUUUGAUGGCGUUCCCUUCCUGAUGCAUGACCAGACUCUGAGACGAACCACCAACAUACACGAGGUUUUCCCCAACAGAACGGACCAAUCAGCCGCCAUGUUCACCUGGUCUGAGCUGGAGAGUCUGAACGCAGGCGCCUGGUUCCUCUCGCACGACCCGUUUGGUACGGCCAGCUCUCUGGGAGCACGCGACAGACAGCGGGCAGAGAAACAGUCGGUCUGCAGUCUGCAGGACUUCCUCCAGCUGGCCGCUCAAAAAGAAAAACUGGUGAUCUUUGACCUGUACCGUCCACCCAGAGCUCACCCCUACAGAGACACCUGGAUCCAACGAACACUGGAGGUCAUCCAGAACGAGACCUCCAUCCUCUCCUCUCAGGUUCUGUGGCUGCCAUCAGACCUGCGGGCUCUGGUUCAGGAGAUGGAUCCUGAGCUCCAGCAGACGUCAGGCAGUCGGCUUCCUCUAGAGGAGCUCCAGAGUAACAACAUCGUCAAACUCAAUCUACACUACAGCUCCAUGUCCAGCAAGCUUGUCAGGGAGUACGCUGCAGUGAACGUCAGCACCAACCUGUAUGUGAUCAGUCAGCCCUGGCUGUUCUCUCUGGCCUGGUGCUGUGGAGUCCAGUCUGUCACCACCAACGCUCCACAGCUCCUCAGCAGCAUGAGAUCUCCUCUACUCCUCAUGAGUCCUGAUGAGUAUAACCUGAUGUGGAUUCUCACUGACGUGGUUUCCCUCCUGCUGAUCUUCAUCAUCUUCUUCUUUCACUGGUGGAGAGAGCGAGGACUGGCCGUCUACUCAGGCGUCAAAAUCACAGUGGAGAACGGGACAUACAGCAAGUUCAAAACAGAGCUGAGUGAUAUCUGGUCGGUCUCCAGCGCUAACUCUCAGGCAGAGAAGACGCACAACCUGGCUACCGUGUCUGAGCACUGAUAUCUGCCUUUCAUAAGAGGAGCCAGCAUGAAGCCUCAUACUGCCAAAACUGUAAAAUACCCACAAAAUACACUGUGAAGUGCACUCUGUUGUAAUUAAAGUGAUGCUAACAGCUCUUCA